AUGAAUGACGAGUGUACCGUCAUUCAUCUGUCGUACGUCGCUCCUUCUGCACUUGGUCUCCUGCAGAGCAAUCACGUGAAAUUUGAUACGCUCUGCGGCUCCGAGAAGGGCAUGCAGAAAUUUAACUAUCUCGUCAACGCCUUGAGAGGAGAAGCUCGAGAACUCAUACGCCGUUACCCCAUCACUGAUUCAAACUACGAUCACGCAGUUGACCUCUCACACUCCAAAUACGGCAAUGAGUCAGCUCUCAUCGGGAAUCUACGAUCGCUUUCGGAAACGGCAAAAGCCGAAUCAGGGAGCAUCAAAGCACAGAGACGCCUUCUGGAAACGAUCGUUCCGAUCGUUACGCAGCUGCAAGAACUGAGGGUCAACCUCGACGGAUCCUACCUCUCGCAGAAAAUUCUUGCCAAGUUCUCGACCGCUCUGCAGCGUCAAGCAUUACAAGGAUACGUGAAGGGCCCUACCGCGAUAGAGGCGAAAGGACGCAUGACUCAGAAACCACCUCGAGACGGGGCAGUACCGACACUGCCACAACCUCAGAAACUACACGCAGUCACCCCUAAAAAGAACAGACAGAAACCAGAAAAGAAGAUAACUCGAGUCUAUCCCGUGCAUCUGCAUACCACGGACUCAACAGACAUCAUCUCCGAAACGUGUCCCACCACAACAGAUGAACCACACAAAUUAUGGAAGGAGGUGGAGAUCCUCUUCGACACCGGAGCCGACCAGUCAUUCAUCAGCCAACGUCUUGAGGACGACUUGGGACUGGAGUGUACAAAACAGCAGGAGUUCCUAAUGUACACAUUCGGCACAGACGAACCCACACCAGCACGCUGUGGGACAACGCAGCUAGAGCUUUGGGACAAUGACGGGAGAAGGCACACAGUGCGACUCUGCACAACGCCACAACUUACAGGGAAAGGACGCCCUGUUCACCUUAGCACAGAGGACCGCAAGUUUGCAAGACAACAUCACAUUCAACUGUCGAAACCUACAGACACUCCUAGAUCCACCCCGCAGAUUUUACUAGAGUGUGACCAACUACGGAAUUUACUAGACACACCGCUUCCGCGUUUCACACUUCCAUCAGGCUUACAGCUCAUUCCAUCCAAACUCGAGUACAUGCUAUUCGGAAAACAGCAGUUACCUAAGAGAAUAAAGACACAGCAAGCCGUGAGGAACAUAAUUACGCUUACUAUGAACACAGUCGCCAACGACUUUGAAGAGGAACUAAAGCGUUGGGACAAGCCGCUAACCUACCAAUCCGCAAUGCAAGAGGACCUAACAUCGAUAAGACCAGUGGAUUUCUUUCAACGUGAUAUCAACAUCACGUUCCCACUCGAACGACUCGUCGAACCCACCGACGUCGACGAAGAUUACUUGCCACCGGACGAACUACGCACACUCUAG